AAUUGUACUGUGAGGACCUUAGAAGCUUUAAAAGCGUUCCCCUCUCUCUUUUUCUUUAUCUUUUCUUCUUUCUCUUUCUCUAAUUGGGGAGGGGGUGACGCAGAGGAAGCUCACUAUAAAGAGCUGCCCCUUUCUCUUGUUAGCUAUCUCUUGGCUAGCACAGAUAACCUGCAAGCAUGGGACUCCCCUGAGAGCCAGUGGAGGAAGGACCGGCGCACUCUGAUGGAGGGGGGCAGAGCGCUCAGGCGACUUUUCUCUGGCUCUCGGCGCUCUUCCAGGCUUUGAACUCUGGGGUUCUGAUUACGAGAGGAACUGGAGUCCCCACUGGUUUAGGAGAAGGCGGCCCAACGCGUCCGAGCUGGAGCUCUGGAGCUCCUGUGCCUUUGAUUAGGGGUUAUCUCGCUGCUGUCCGCUGCUUGCCUGCGCUUCCGACUGUGCGUGCGGGUGCGCGCACAGACCUCCCUCUCCCCUUGGCUCUCCAAGCGCAUCUCUCCCGAAGCCUUCGUUUUCCCACCUUAUCUUAUCCUCCUUUCCUCUCCUCCCUUGCCCCUCGUGGAUCUGUGCGAGUUCUCCUUUCUCCUCCCUCCAGACCUGGGCUUCUGUCUAGAUUCCAGCUCAAACAGGCUGAGAGGGUCCUCUCCGGGAAGAAACAGCUUGUGGAGCCGCGGUCCCGCGGUACGCGGUCUUUUCGACAGGCGGCAGCUCAUAGCCAGUGGCUGGACAGUCAAUCCAGCAGUGACAUUCACUCGGGGUCCGUGUCCGAAGAGGAGCGUGAAGGAGCAGACUGUCUUCUUCCCCUUGCCUUCUUUUACCCUAUACCGCUAAGACUCUAGCCCUUCACUCUCCUUUCUCGCCUUAUCUGCAGUCGGUUCUACUUCUCUCCUUCCCUUUGGAAAUCAUGUCAGGCUCCGGAAGAAAAGACUUUGAUGUGAAACACAUCUUGAGACUCCGCUGGAAACUCUUCAGCCACCCUUCCUCUUCCCCAGGUGGACCGGCGGGGGGCAGCUGUCUCCAGCAGGACAGCAGUGGAAGCUUUGAGCACUGGGGGCCAAGCCAGAGCCGUCUACUGAAAAGCCAGGAGAGGGGCAGCGGGGGCACUUUCUGGAAAAAGCCAUCCUCUUCAUCGUCCUCUUCUUCCUCCUCUUCCUCCUCCUCUUCCUCCAAUCCUCUCAAUGGCACCCCGACCCCUGCUGCUACCAGAUUGCAUCAGGGAUUACCUGGUCAGAGUCAGCAGCAUCCUCCCCGGACAGUCUUCUAUGUGGAGUCCCUGGAGGAAGAGGUGGUGCCAGGAAUGGAGUUUACUGGAGAACAUGAAAAAACCUUGGUCCUUCAAGAGAUGAAAGUUGAAUCUGUGGAUUCCGGUCAGGCAACAGGUGAAGGAUGUGGACACAGGUACGGUAACUUCCUUGGGGCAACCAGAACAUCCUCAAGUUUCCAUAACAACAUCAGGGUGUCUUCAGUUUUUGUUUGUUUGUUUUCCCCAUUUAGCUUUUCUGGGAUCUAAACUUUCCAAAUAAUCACUUUUAGCUCAGAAUAUCUUAGGCUUCAUUUUGUCACCAAAAUGUAUUGUUAUUAAAUGUUUGUUUGUAAGUGAUCUUGGUUGAUGCCUGUUGU